GCGGCGCAGAGCGCUCGGCGCGGCGCAGGCAGCGGAGCGGAGCGGAACAGGCAGAGAGAGGCGAGCGGGUUCGGGCCUCCUCCCACCUCCUUCUCGGUGCCGUGCCUCGCUCUCCCCGGUUGGCCCUGUCACUGUGAAGGUUCACGAUGUCUGACAGAAAGGCUGUCAUCAAGAAUGCAGACAUGUCCGAGGACAUGCAGCAGGAUGCUGUUGACUGUGCCACACAGGCAAUGGAGAAGUACAACAUAGAAAAGGACAUUGCAGCAUAUAUAAAGAAGGAAUUUGACAAGAAAUACAACCCAACUUGGCACUGCAUUGUUGGCAGAAACUUUGGCAGCUACGUAACACAUGAGACAAAGCACUUCAUCUAUUUUUACUUGGGUCAGGUUGCAAUUCUUCUCUUCAAGUCUGGAUAGGAAGUAGAAGCAAGUGAAAUCUGGACUGUAAUGCACUGAUGGCUGAAGCCACGACUCCCCUUAACAUGGCUAUGCCGCUGCAUGGACUGUAUACUAUAUUUAAUGUGUAUAUGUUGCAGUAAAAUUCUACUUCUGUUUAGUUGCCUGGGAAGAAGGCGGCAUUUUUUGUUACUGCUUUUUUUUGGUUGUAUUGCACUAGGAAACCUGUAAAUGCUUAAACAAUGGCCUUUACGUGGUAAGAAAUAAAACUGUUCCACAACAGCUCCCUCAGUAGUAAUUCCUUCUUUGAGGCUGGGAAAACUUCUUUGGGCAGGCCAAAAAGACCCUGACUUCCUUAUGGAGUUUUACUAGACUGUUAAUCUUGUAAUGAGGAGCAAAGCCAGUGUGAGCCACUGUACCCACCCUGCAGACUGUAGAGAGCUGGCUCUCCUAGUAACCUCAGCGCAGGUACUUAAUCCACCUGAAAGCUGGUAGGGUGGCUCUUAUUUAUGUGGCUUUCACACAUGUUGAACUCCACCCUGGACUGUGAUUAAAAACAGACUUGCAGCUGGCACACUCAGUGUUCUUUCAGUACCCAUCACUGUAUUUUUUGGCUCUGCUGAAACAUUGACCUAGGCUUGUAAACACCUCAGCCUGGUCUAGAAGACUUCAAGAAGCAUCCCCUUGAGAUGCUGCUUCCUGCAGCAAGCAGCAACCUCUGACUGAAGUCUUUAGACCUUGAUACUGAGAUCUAAAGUUGGCCACAUGGCCCAUCCCUGAAAUGGAGUAGAUAUCAAAUUGGUGACUACUGACAACAACUUAUUUGGCAUGUUUUUAGCCAGUUGUCUCAACACUGCCUUAACUUGAUGCUCUCCUUUAAAACAAGCUAGUCAUGUGGAAGAUUUGUAAGUGGCCACUGUCUCCUUUUUUUAAUUUCUGUAGCUGAUAAGCUAUUUCUGGAGGGCUGUCCUCCAUGUUCUGAUAUCUGCUUUUGUUCUUAAAGCACAGUACCAAGAAGUAAUAUUUACAUGUGAUGUUUGUGUGAAGGAAACUCAUGUGACAUCUGCUUCAAUGGCAGAAAAAUGUCUUGGUCUCCAAUAGGUUCAGCAGUGAUGUUGUCUUAGUAUGUACUGACUCUUGGAUUAAACUGCAGGAAGUGUUUUUUAUCUGGGUGGGAGAAAUCCUUCUGAAGGACAGUGUGAUGGCAAGUAAAUAUUUAGUGCUUGUCAUAAAGUCUAUCUAUUGUUUUGUAUAGGCAAUAUCACUGGGCUUGUGAGCCUAACUUGUGUCUCUAGGACAAGUUUGGUGUUGGUAACAAGUCACUGCUGGGGUGGGAAGGCAGAGUGAAGGGAGCUAUUAUUUGUGAAAUAGCUGGAUGACCCAGGUUGACUACUUCCUGAAGUAAAAGUCUUUCUUGUCUCUGUGCAAAAUCCAAAGUAUGCCUAAUUUUGUAAUAUGGAUAGAACAAUGUUGUAACUAGAAAGAAUGUAGCUGUCAUUACUUCAUGUUGAUGGAAAUGUUUGCACUGGGGUAAUGUGCCUUGGGCUGUCUGGGGCACUCUUGUGGUCUUGUCUAUUGAGAACUCCACUCUUGAACUGAAAGAAUGUUUUGGAUUUGUUUUUUUUCCAAGCAUGAGUCUAAUGUGAACCUGUUCACGGUCUCUUGUGGAGCAAGAUACGUUCCCUUCAUAACUGCAAUGGCUCAAAUACCAUUUAUUUUUUUCAAACAUUAAAGGUGAAUUGACACAUUUAAA